GUAUGUGCCCCAUCAUUUCUGAGAAACAAGAAACUUUCGUCCACUUGUCUUCCCAUUUCUUGGCUCCCUCCGUCGGCUUAAUCUUGCGCACCACGUUAUACUGUGCUCAAGCUUCAAACUUUGACUCUCUCUCUACUUUCACCUACACUCUCCAAGCCACAAAAUCGCAUAUACACAUCUAUAUAUAAACAAUCAGUAUAAGAUAUAAUAUCACACUACUCUCUAACUUCAAAACCCUCUCCAAGAAUUCUGACAUACCCAUCUCCCCUCACUCACAAAAAGAUGGAAUUUAUUGAAGCAUCAAAGCAGGGUAUGUCAGUUUUCUUCUCUCACUAUGAUUCAUCAGUGUACAAAGCAUCUGAUUUUCUCUUCAAACCCAUCUUCGUACGUGAGUUUUCUGGUUCUUUACAUCUAAUUUUGUUGAUCGUUCUGUCUAUUUCUUGGGUUUGCAAGAGUUUCAGGAUCGGUCGAAAUGAGGCCCCAAAACGAAGUAUUGGUAAAACUAGGUUUCUGUAUUACAAGCAUACUCUGUUUUCUUGUUUGGGUUUGUGUCUUUUCAACCUUGUUCUGUCUUUACUGACCUGCUUUUAUUGGUAUAAAAAUGUUUGGUCUGAGGAAAAGAUUGUAACCAUUCUUGAUUUUGCACUCAGAACUCUUGCUUGGUUAGCAGUCUCUGUUUACUUGCACACCCAAUUCUUGAAAUCAGGUGAACCCAAGUUCCCAUUUCUAUUAAGACUUUGGUGGGGUUCUUAUUUUUCAAUUUCUUGUAUUUGCCUUGUUAUAGACUACGUUAAUUACAAAAAUCAAAACUCUUUACCACUUCAAUUCGUGGUGUCGGAUGUUGUUUCUGUCCUUUCGGGAUUAUUCUUCUGUUUUGUGGGGGUUUUUGGUAAGAAAGAGGGUGAAGACACCCUUCUUCAAGAACCCCUUUUGAAUGGUGGUACCAAUUUGAGUAAUGGUACAGCGUCUAACAAGUCCAAAGGGGAUCAAACUGUAACCCCUUAUUUGAAUGCUAGUUUUUUUAGUAUCCUUACUUUCUCCUGGAUUGGUCCUUUGAUUGCCAUUGGUAAGAAGAAAACAUUAGACCUUGAGGAUGUGCCUCAGCUUGCUGGUGUUGAUACUGUCAGAGAGGCCUUUCCAAUUUUUAGAAAUAAGCUAGAAUCUAGUGGUAGUACUACUGGAGUCACCACGCUUAAGCUGGCCAAGGCAUUGAUUUGCACAGUGUGGAGGGAGAUUCUAUUAACAGCGUUCUUUGUGCUGUUAUACACAUUGGCUUCCUAUGUCGGACCAUACCUCAUCGACACCUUUGUUCAAUACCUUAAUGGAAGUCAAGUGUUCAAAAAUGAAGGCUACUAUUUGGUUUCUGCAUUCUUCGUGGCAAAGCUUGUCGAGUGCUUGGCGAUGAGGCAUUGGUUCUUUAGGUUGCAGCAGGUUGGAAUUAGGGCCAGGGCAGCACUUGUUGCCAUGAUCUACAAUAAGGGUUUGACCCUGUCUUGCCAAUCGAAGCAGGGCCACGCCAGUGGGGAGAUCAUCAAUUUCAUGACGGUUGAUGCUGAGAGGAUUGGUGACUUUAGUUGGUACAUGCACGAUCCGUGGAUGGUGAUCUUGCAAGUUUCUCUGGCAUUGGGGAUCUUGUAUAAAAAUCUUGGGCUUGCUUCAAUUGCUGCAUUUGUGGCUACUGUACUUGUGAUGUUGGCGAAUAUUCCACUAGGAAGGAUGCAGAAGAAUUUCCAGACUAAGUUGAUGGCAUCUAAAGAUAAAAGGAUGAAGUCAACCUCUGAAAUCUUGAGGAACAUGAGAAUUCUCAAGCUUCAGGGGUGGGAGAUGAAGUUCUUGUCUAAAAUUAUCGAGCACCGGAAUAUUGAGACUGGAUGGUUGAGAAAAUAUUUAUAUACUUUAGCAAUGACCACUUUUGUCUUCUGGGUUGCCCCUACAUUUGUGUCCGUGGUCACUUUUGGUGCUUGUAUGCUUAUGGGGAUCCCACUUGAAUCAGGGAAGAUACUAUCUGCACUUGCGACAUUUAGAAUACUUCAAGAGUCUAUAUAUAAUCUUCCUGACACAAUCUCCAUGAUAGCUCAGGUAAAAGUUUCCCUCGACCGAAUUGCAUCAUUCCUUCGUCUGGAGGACCUGCAACCUGAUGUUAUAGAAAAGCUUCCGAGAGGUAGUUCUGACACAGCAUUUGAAAUUGUUGACGGGAAUUUCUCUUGGGAUGUAUCUUCCCCGAAUCCAACACUGAAAGAUAUAAAUUUAAGUGUGUCUCAUGGCAUGAUAGUUGCUGUUUGUGGUACUGUUGGGUCUGGCAAGUCGAGCUUACUCUCAUGUAUUCUUGGAGAAAUGCCCAAAGUAUCUGGGAGUGUGAAGCUCAGUGGGACAAAGGCCUAUGUUGCUCAGUCACCCUGGAUACAGAGUGGAAAGAUAGAAGAUAAUAUACUGUUUGGUAAGGAGAUGGAUAGGGAAAAGUAUGAGCAGGUUCUUGAUGCAUGUUGCUUAAAGAAGGACCUGGAAAUUUUGUCCUUUGGUGAUCAGACAGUUAUAGGUGAGAGGGGAAUAAAUUUGAGUGGCGGGCAGAAGCAGAGAAUACAGAUCGCCCGUGCUUUGUACCAAGAUGCUGAUAUUUAUCUAUUUGAUGAUCCGUUUAGUGCUGUGGAUGCUCAUACAGGGACUCAUCUUUUUAAGGAAUGUUUACUUCGAUUUAUGGGGUCAAAAACAGUUAUUUACGUUACUCAUCAAGUAGAGUUCUUACCUGCUGCAGAUCUCAUUCUGGUUAUGAAAGAUGGGAAAAUUACACAAGCUGGAAAAUACAAAGAAAUUCUCAAUUCAGGAAGCAACUUUAUGGAACUUGUUGGUGCACAUGAGAAAGCUUUAUUGGCGCUCGAUUCCAUAGAGGAAGGGUCAGUCUCUGAAAAUUCAACUAUCAGCAAGGAUGGUAUGGAGAGUGGUGAGAAGGUUGUUAAGAAAGAGGAUACUGUUAAUGGUCAUAUUGAUAAAGGAGAUGAUAAUUUGGGGCCAAAAGGACAGCUUGUUCAAGAAGAAGAAAGAGAGAAAGGUAGAGUUGGCCUUUUUGUAUACUGGAAAUAUAUCACAACAGCCUAUGGAGGAGUUCUUGUGCCCUUCAUAUUGUUGUCACAAGUUCUCUUUCAGCUACUUCAAAUUGGGAGCAAUUAUUGGAUGGCUUGGGCAACCCCUGUGUCAAAGGAUGUGGCAGCUCCAGUUAGUGGUUCUACUCUCAUAAUUGUCUAUGUUUCACUGGCUAUUGGAAGUUCUUUCUGUAUCCUUAUGAGAGCUGUGCUUCUAGUUACGGCUGGGUAUAAGACAGCGACUCUACUAUUCAAUAGAAUGCAUUUGUGCAUUUUCCGUGCCCCCAUGUCUUUCUUUGAUUCCACCCCUAGUGGCCGAAUCCUGAAUAGAGCAUCCACCGACCAAAGCACAGUGGACUUGAACAUUCCAUUUCAAGUUGGCGCCUUUGCUUUCACAAUGAUACAACUCCUGGGAAUUAUUGCAGUAAUGUCGCAGGUUGCAUGGCAGGUCUUCAUUGUUUUCAUUCCUGUGCUUGCAGUCUGUGUCUGGCUACAGCAAUAUUACCUUCCUUCAGCACGAGAAUUGGCACGGUUAAUUGGAGUAAGCAAAGCUCCAGUUAUACAACAUUUUGCUGAAACAUUGUCAGGAUCAACUACCAUUAGGAGCUUUGACCAGGAAUCGAGAUUCCGGGACACGAGUAUGAAAUUGAUAGAUGGGAAUUCUAGGCCCAAGUUUCAUAGUGCUGGUACAAUGGAGUGGCUAUGCUUCCGUUUGGAUAUGUUGUCUUGUAUUGUAUUCGUAUUCUCUUUGGUUUUCUUGAUCUCCAUUCCAGAGGGAACAAUUGAUCCGAGCGUUGCGGGAUUGGCAGUGACAUACGGACUUAAUCUGAACAUGUUACAAGCUUGGGUCAUAUGGAACAUGUGCAAUAUGGAGAAUAAAAUUAUAUCAGUUGAAAGGAUACUUCAAUACACUUCUAUCCCAAGUGAGCCGCCUCUCGUGAUAGAAGCAAAUGGGCCAGAUCAUAGUUGGCCAUCACAUGGAGCAGUUGAUAUUCAUGAUCUGCAGGUCCGAUAUGCUCCUCAUCUGCCACUUGUAUUACGAGGCCUGACAUGCACUUUACCUGGAGGAAUGAAGACUGGAAUAGUGGGCAGAACAGGCAGUGGUAAAUCAACUCUCAUACAGACAUUCUUCCGCAUUGUUGAACCAACAGCUGGGCAAAUUUUGAUAGACAGUGUCAACAUUUCCUCAAUUGGACUGCAUGAUUUACGAUCUAGAUUGAGCAUCAUUCCUCAGGAUCCUACCAUGUUUGAGGGGACAGUACGAAGCAAUUUGGAUCCACUUGAAGAGUACGCAGAUGAACAAAUUUGGGAGGCUCUUGACAAGUGCCAACUUGGAGAUGAAGUUAGAAAGAAGGAAGGCAAGCUUGAUUCAGCAGUUAGCGAGAAUGGAGAGAACUGGAGUAUGGGUCAAAGGCAGCUGGUCUGUCUAGGUCGUGUGCUACUCAAGAAAAGCAAGGUCCUGGUGCUUGAUGAAGCUACUGCAUCAGUUGAUACUGCAACUGAUAAUCUGAUUCAGGAGACCCUUAGGCAACACUUCACUGAUUCCACCGUCAUAACCAUUGCACAUCGAAUAACAUCUGUACUUGAUAGUGACAUGGUCCUACUUUUAAAUAAUGGAGUUAUUGAGGAGUACGAUUCUCCAACAAAGCUGCUGGAUAACAAGUCAUCUUCAUUUGCAAAGCUCGUAGCAGAGUACAGUGCAAGGUCAAAUUCUAAUUUUGAAUAAUUCAUGUAUUUGCACGACGAUGAUGACGAAAUUAGGCAGUGGUUACUAUCUCAAUUUUACUCUUAUGGACAGAAUAGUUUCUUUUAUUUGGGUUGUUCAAGUAUUUUAAAGAUUAGAGAGACAUGGAAUACCAAAAUCAUAGGUGUAGUUAGUUCCAUGUAAAAUGUUGUUGUAGUGCAGUACGAUAUUAGAAUCUAGUAAAAUAUUAUUCUGGUAGUGUAAUAAAUUCGUGUAUGUUUUGUUUACAACAAAACCAACUGUAUGUGGACUAUUUUUUAUCUAGCAAUACAUUUGUACAACAUAUUUUCUUAAGCAUUUA